GGGAAUUGGACGACAGUAAACAGAAACGAGGUCAGCAGUGUCUUUCAGCAGUUUCGGUGCAUUUCAGGACGUAAGUUGGUCAAACAUGAAGUAUCUGCCCCUCUUCACGCUGCAGCUCUCACUUCAUUGUUGUUGGAAACACUGAUCAGAGCAUCAUGUCGGAGUUGACCGGGAAGGUCCAGACUGUACUGGGUCUGGUGGAUCCAGACCAUUUGGGUCGCACAAUGACCCAUGAGCACUUGACCAUGAGUUUCGAGUGCUGCUACUUUCCUCCUCCUCCAGGUGAUGAGGCUGUGGCAGAGAACCCGUUCCAGAUGCAGCACAUGCACUGGCUGAAACAAAACCCGUACAGCUGCCACGAGAACCUGCUCCUACAACAGGAGACCAGUGCCGUGCGGGAAGAGCUGCUGGCCUACAGGAAGGCCGGCGGGGGCACGAUAGUGGAGAACACCACCACGGGUAUCGACCGGGACCUGCCCACCCUCCGGCAGCUGGCCAAGGACACAGGGGUCCACAUCGUCGCAGGAGCUGGGUACUAUGUGGACUGCACUCACACUGAGGCCACCAAGAAAAUGACUGUGGAGAAGCUCACAGACAUCAUUGUUGGAGAGGUGCUUCACGGCGCAGACGGUACAGACAUCCGCUGCGGUGUGAUCGGAGAGAUCGGCACCGGCUGGCCCAUCACAGAGAGCGAGAAGAAGGUGCUGAGGGCCACGGCUCACGCUCAGGCUCAGCUCGGCUGCCCCGUUAUCAUUCAUCCCGGGAGAAAUGCUGCUGCUCCUGCUGAAAUCGUCCGGAUUCUCCAGGAGGCCGGUGGUGACAUCAGCAAAACUGUCAUGUCUCACCUGGACAGGACUAUAUUUGAUAAGAGUGAACUGCUCGAGUUUGCUAAACUGGGGAGUUACCUGGAGUACGAUCUGUUUGGAACGGAGAUGCUGAACUACCCAUAUAACCUGGAGGUGGACAUGCCCAGUGACAGCCAGAGAGUCAAGGCCUUGGCAUUCCUGGUAAAGGAGGGCUAUGAGGACAAGAUCGUGAUCGCACACGACAUCCACACCAAGAACCGUCUGACUAAGUACGGAGGCCACGGCUACUCUCACAUCCUGAGGAACAUUGUGCCGAAGAUGCUGAUGAGGGGCAUCUCACAGCACCAGGUGGACAAGAUUCUCAUCGACAACCCAAAACACUGGUUGACCUUCAAGUAAAGCAAAAAUAGAAGUAGACCCGAGGCAGGUAUAUGAUGUAGCGAUACUUUUAUCUUCAGAUGAUGACUGAACACCUCACAAUAAACAUUUUGAGAUCUUUGUAAUAAUCACAGUCCAAAGGGUUUUACAAAUGUGCUUUUUGGACCCUUAAACCGUUAAGCUCACAGUGCUUAUGCAUAAAUUUGUCUUUAAUGUCAGUGUUUUUAAAUUUUUCAGCAAAGCAAAAAGUUUUGUAAUUUUUCUUUUUCAAUGGAAAAUAAUUACAGGCUGUUGUUUCAUCCAACUGAAAUAGUUUUUGUAGAGAUACUUAUUAAUUCAAAGUUAAUUGUAUAUUUGUGAUUGUACAUUAUUCACUUUGUAAGCAAAUUGCAGGAUCACAGUGCCUCUCAUUAGCAGUCUUGUUCUGGUCCCAUUUAUGCCAGAAAAAAAACAGCUUUUUCUUGUGUGUAGAAAUAUGAAUGCAAUCUAAGACAAAUAUUUUCCAUUCUCUGGAGAUAUCAUCUACAGUGGUGCUCACAAAUACAUUGCUAAUUGAUUUUUCAAUGUCGGUGUCAAUGUCAUAGCUGCGUUCUUUGUGUUUGUAAGUGAUAUUUCUGCAAACAUGUUGAUGGAAGGAAAAUAAUGAGCGUGUUAGUAAUCAGUAUGCUGCUCUGCUCUCGACACAAUGCGGCUGUGUUAGAUGAGUUGUCCUGUUGCCCCUCAGUGGGUGUCUGGGUGUCUAUGGGAGGCUGACUGUCUGGCAGGCCCAGAUGAAGGACAUGUUCUCCUCUCACCUGGGAACAGGUGGCCUCACAGAGUGACUUCACCACAUGAUCAAUGGCAUGAUAGCAACAGCUGACUGUGCACUGUGAAAAAAAAAAAAACUAAAAACUUUGAUUAAUCUUCUGAGAAGAUUACAAAGUGAGACAGGAUUUCAUUUUACAUUAUAUUUUACAUUUCAGCUGACAGUCUUAUUGGGAGAGGGCUUAACAAUCAGCAGGCAGAUCGAUUAAUGUGGUGAGUGUGUGACUGUCCAGUUUUCUGAUGGUGACUAACUACCAGACCACCCCGUUGCCCCAAGCAGCUGUCAUAUUGGGACAGACAAGAAAAACGAGUUGCGAUGAUCAUUUGGUGACAGUGCUUCAAUGCGAACAUCAGAAUGGCCCUUCACAGAUUUCUAUUCUUCUUCAAAGUCUUUUUAUGUUGCACAGUUCAAAUGUUAUUUUUUUUUUAUAAUCAUGCAU